AGUGCUAGCUAGCUAGCUAAGCUAUAUCCUGUCUCUCUCCUUCUUCUCUCUGCAUGUUUGGUUGUCAGCAUGAGUUGGUCGUUGAGCUUGAGCAUGGUGGAGGCGAGGCUGCCUCCCGGGUUCAGAUUCCAUCCUCGAGACGACGAACUCGUGGUUGACUACCUCUCCGGCAAGCUCCGCUCCGGCGACGGUGGCGCGGCGAGCGGCGGCGGCGCCGCCGGCGCCGGCUGCCCGACGCCGACACUGAUCGACGUCGAUCUCAACAAGUGCGAGCCAUGGGACCUCCCAGAGAUUGCUUGCAUUGGAGGGAAGGAAUGGUACUUCUACAACCUCAAGGACAGGAAGUACGCAAGAGGGCAACGAACAAACAGAGCGACUGAAUCAGGGUACUGGAAGGCCACCGGAAAAGACCGGGAGAUAACCCGGAAAGGGUCCCUGGUUGGCAUGCGUAAGACGCUCGUUUUCUACAGAGGGAGAGCCCCCAAGGGUGAGAGGACUGAUUGGGUCAUGCAUGAGUUCCGUCAAGAAUUAGACCAUGCCAAUCACCAUCAUCAUCUCAAGUACAUGCAGGAGGGUUGGGUGCUGUGUAGGGUUUUCUACAAGAGCAGGACAGAAGCUGUUGCAGCACCAACAAUGGAGUCUACUCUUCCUCCUCGUUACAUCAAUGGCGGCACAUCAAGAUCUCCAUUGCCACCCCUCGUUGACAGCUCGAUCUCCUUCAAUCAUGGAGGUUAUGAGGAAGUUCUUCCCUGCUUCUCUAGCUCUCAUCACCAGCAGCCAUCGCCGGCGUCGAUGAACGCGUCGGCUGCUGCUGAUGAUGAUCAAGAUUAUCACCACCUGUCUGAAGGGCAGCGGCAUUAUUCAGACAAGAAGAUGAUGAGAGAUGUGCAGAAUGAUCAGGUGACUACUAGGUUUGAUGGCCACCUUGCAGUGAAGAGGGAGAUGUCUCUGAAGAAGGAUUUGUCUGAAGACGAACAGGUCGAGGAUUACUACUGUCUAACUGACAAUGGAUCUUCAGAAACAUGGAACUUUUUCCAGCAGUAGAUUUACUCAACCAUCGUCAUUGAAAAAAAAAAUCAUUUGGUAGUACUUGGAGUAGUAAUUUUUUAGUUGGAAAUGUAACAAGUAGUAUAGACAGAAAAUGCCUUUGAGAAAUGGUUAGGUGUGAGAUCGAUGAUCAGUAAUUCAGUAUGUGUGUACAAGCAAUCUGGAGUAGAUUUUAGUUAUACUCGAAUUGUCAAACAUCUCAUGAUAUUUCUUUUGGGCAUCGCUAAUGGGCGGGUUAUCGCCCCAUCCCUCCCCUAA